AGCCCCACGUGCGUUCCUUCCCCCAUGCAGCCUGUCUGUAUUCCCAUCCCAUCCGUAUCCCUAUUCCGCCCCAUUCCAUCCCAUUCCAUCCCUGUUGCCACUCCAAUCCUAUCUCCGGUCCCACCUGUAUUCCCGUCCCAUCUCUAUUCUUAUCCCCAUUCCAAUCCCUGUUCCCAUCCCAUUCCGACUCCCUUCUGCUCCAUCUGAUCCCAUCCCCUUCCCCAUCUUUAUUCCCAUCCCAUCCCUAUUCUAAUUCCUGUUCCUGUCCCCCCCUCCCCAUUUUAAUCCCUGUUCCCAUCCCGCUCCCUUCCACGCCGUUCCACUCCAUCCAAUCGCAUCCCAUCCCCAAUCCAAUCCCUGUUCCCAUCCCAUUCCUCCCCUCUCCAUCUCAUCCCAUUCCCACCUCGCAGCUCCCCCCUCACACCUGCCCCCAGCGGAGCACCUGGGCGGUGACGGGCAGCACCGACAGCCAAUGGCUGCGAAGGAAGGAGAGUUGCGGGACCAAUGGGAGCGCGGGGCUGCCCCCCGGGGCGGAGCGGGGCGGAAAUCCCCGCUGUUCCCAGUGCGGCCGCGGCACUGCGCAGGAUGCGGGGCAAGGAUGAGGAGUACGACUUCCUCUUCAAGGUGGUGCUCAUCGGGGACUCGGGCGUGGGGAAGAGCAACCUGCUGUCCCGCUUCACCCGCAACGAGUUCAACCUGGAGAGCAAGAGCACCAUCGGGGUGGAGUUUGCUACCCGGAGCAUCCAGGUGGACAACAAGACGGUGAAGGCACAGAUCUGGGACACGGCCGGGCAGGAGCGGUACCGCGCCAUCACCUCCGCGUAUUACCGCGGGGCGGUGGGAGCGCUGCUGGUGUACGACAUCGCCAAGUACCUGACGUACGAGAACGCCGAGCGCUGGCUGACGGAGCUGCAGGACCACGCCGACGCCAACAUCGUCAUCAUGUUGGUGGGCAACAAGAGCGACCUGCGGCACCUGCGCGCCGUGCCCACCGACGAGGCCCGGAGCUUUGCAGAGAAGAAUGGGCUCUCCUUCCUUGAGACGUCGGCUCUGGAUUCCACCAACGUGGAGAUGGCGUUCCACAACAUCCUCUCCGGUAAGGAUGGGGGGAUGAGGUGCUUUGGGGUUGUGUCCCCCCGGAAUCCCUGCUGUGAGCUGUGGGCUUGGGUCCAGCACGCUGCCAUGGGGAGAUGUGGGCGCUCCCAGCCCACCGAACCCAACUCGACCUUCAUCCUAACAGCAACCCUAACCAAACUCCAACCCAAGCCCAACCUUAAUCCCAACCCUAAUCCUAACCCCAGCCUUAGCCCCAAACCUGAUCCUAACCCCAAAUCCUAAUCCUAACCCCAGCCCCAACCCUAACCCCAACUCGAGCUUUAAUCCUAACCCUAACUCCAACCUCAAACGCAACAAUAACCCUAAUCCUAAUCCCAACCUUAACCUCAUCCUGAAUCCCAACCCUAACCUGAACCCUAAUCUUAAACCUGGCCCUACUCUCAAUCCCAACAGUAACACGGUGGGAACUGCAACCCCUGCCCUAACUCUCACCCCAAACCCACCCUUAACACCAAGCCCUCCCCAGCCCAACUCUAACCCCAACUCCAACCCCUUCCCUAACUGUAACCCCAAGCCCAGCCCUACCAUAACCUAACCCUAGCCCCAAUCCCAAUCCUAACCUAACUCUAACCCCAAACCCAGCCUCAAAUCUAAUCCAACCCAAACCCCAAUUCCUAACCCUAACCUAACUCGACCCCCAACCCCAACCUUAACCCCAAACCCUGCCGUAAACUACCUCUAACCCCAACCCAACCCUCACCCCAACCCCUUACCUUAACAUAAUCCCAACCCCCACCCUAACCUAACUCUAACUCCAAACCCAACCCCCGAACCAAACCUAAUUCUAACCCCAAACUCAACCCUAACCCCUCCCCUAAACUAAUUCUAACCCUAACCCAACCCCUACUCUCACCUAAAUCUAACCCCAAACCAAUCUUAAACCCAACCCUCACCCAACCCAACCCCCACUCUAACUGACCUUAAACCCAACCCUAACCUAGUCCCAACCCCAACCAUAA